AUGUUCUCCACCAACUUCUUUACCUUUGUUUGCGUCGCUGUCGCCGGCUCGUCCGUAAUGGCUGGUCCUACCCUGUACAAGCGCGAUGUCCCCUCUCCCGCCCUGGCGGCGCGUGAGCCUCAGUUCUCCGUCAACAUCCCAAACACCAUCCCUGUUUCCGGCGCGUUCCCCAAUGGCAUCACCAUUACGCCCGGUACACCUAGCGGUAGCAUCGUGACGGGCGCGCAGAACUCGACCCUCUUCGGUCAAUUCGGCUUCAAGCGCGAGGAUGCCACUCCGGCGCUCGCCGCCCGUGAGCCCCAGUUCAGCGUCAACAUUCCGAACAACAUCCCGGUCUCUGGGUCUUUCCCCAACGGUAUCACGGUCAUCCCUCAGACCCCCUCGGGAAGCAUCGUCACGAGCAACCGCAACAGCACCUUCCCGUUCAACCUCUUUGGGCGCGACGAGGCGACGCCGGUUCUCGCUGCCCGUGAGCCCCAGUUCUCUGUCAACAUCCCGAACACCAUUCCGGUCAGCGGCGCGCUCCCCAACGGCAUCACUAUCACGCCUGGCACCCCCUCGGGCAGCAUUGUGACGGGUGCGCAGAACUCGACGCUCUUUGGCCAGUUCGGCUUCAAGCGUGAGGAUGCGACGCCUGCUCUCGCCGCCCGCGAGCCCCAGUUCAGUGUCAACAUCCCCAACAACAUCCCCGUGUCUGGCUCGUUCCCGAACGGCAUUACGGUCAUCCCUCAGACACCCUCGGGCAGCAUCGUCACCAGCAACCGCAAUGGCACUUUCCCCUUCAACCUCUUUGGCCGUGAUGAGGCGACUCCGGUCCUCGCUGCCCGUGAACCUCAGUUCAGCGUCAACAUCCCGAACAACAUCCCCGUUAGCGGCGCGUUCCCGAACGGUAUCUCUGUCACUCCCCAGACUCCCUCAGGAAGCAUCGUGACCAGCAACGGCAACAGCACCUUCCCGUUCAACCUCUUUGGUCGCGAUAUCUGA